AUGGUAAAGAUAGGCACUGUGCGCCUGUUUAUUCUUGUAAUACAAAACAUUAUUGUGUCAACACAAUAUACGUGCUUAGACGUUUCAAUGCUUCGCAAUGUUGCUUUGUAUCAACAGUUAAAUGGGUUGAUAAUUCAAAAGAUUAGGACAUCGUCUUUAAUGAACUGUGGCAAGGAAUGCUUAUAUCAAACUAACUGUUUAUCGUUGAAUUUUAAUAUAAAGACUGGCUGGUGUGAUCUCAAUAGAAACGUUAGUGGAGUUUCAUUUCCACUUGUGUCCAACGCUGAUGUUCUUUACACCGAAAAAUCGGAAUUUCAGAUGAUUUUGUUAGAUGCUUGUAAAUCUCAUUCAUGUCCAAAUAAUUACAAGUGCCUUCUUGAUUCUGGAACAGCACUGUGUGUUAUAUUUGACUGUGGCAUUCCCCCAUCUGUUGUAUUUGGAAAUGAUAAAAGAUAUGAAGAGACUGUUUUAGGAUCCACUGCAAAGUACUCUUGUUCGGGCCCUGGGGUAGUUCGAGAAGACGUGACGUUGAUUUGUGAACAGAAUGGACAUUGGAUAGGUGGACAGUGUAGAAAAAUAUCCUCCUGUUUACAAAUUAAACAAUGUGAGAAAAAUUAUACUGAUGGAGAAUUUUGGCUUUAUCCAUUACAAUAUAAUAAUACAGAGAGGGUUAAAAUCUACUGUGACGGUCUCAAUACCACAGCUCCAACAGAAUACGUCACUUUAAUUCAUGAAAAUAGAAUCACUAGUCCAAGUUAUAAACUUACAAGGGAAUGUUCUUAUAAUAAGAACACUCACGAAUCAUUUGGAGAAGCUAUAUUUCGAAAAAUUAGAGUUAAUUCAAAUUUGGAAAUAGAUGGUAAUGAUGUCAAAUUUAUGGAACUUCUUUUGGGAAACAAUCAAAAGUAUGGAACAACAUUUGACUGUAUGGGGAAAGACUGUCCAGAUAUUCCUCAUGGUACUCUAAAUAUUGACACAAGAGAUACCGGACUAAUGGUAAAACCUGAUACAAAUUGGAUCACAUAUGGAUAUAUGCCUGGUACCUUCUAUAUCAACAGGAUAAGCAAUAAUGUCAUAGAUAUUAAAUGUGGGGGAAAUUGUGGUGGUUGUACACCUAAAUCAAGUUUGGUCCUCGAGCUUGAUAAAACUACUAUCUUAGAUAUUAGUCUUGCAACAGAAGUCUCCUGUUGA